CGGAGGCGCGUGCGGUGGGGCCCGUCGACGCGCGGCCUGCAGAGGUCACGACCCCCCGGUGACCCCCCGGUGACCCCGGGACCCCCCCAGGACCCCGGACAAGCUGCAUGCGACGGGCGUUCCCGGCCCUCCUCCUCCUCGUCGUCCGGCCGACGGCCCGCGGCAGCCCCGGCGCCAUGGCGGAGCAGCGCUACUGCGUGGACUACGCCAAGCGGGGCACGGCCGGCUGCAAGAAGUGCAAGGACAAGAUCGCCAAGGGCGCCUGCCGCAUCGGCAAGGUGGUGCCCAACCCCUUCUCCGAGUCGGGCGGGGACAUGAAGGAGUGGUACCACGUCGGGUGCGUCUUCGAGAAGCUGGAGCGCGCCCGGGCCGCCACCAAGAAGAUCGAGGACCUGACGGAGCUGGAGGGCUGGGAGGAGCUGCGCGGGCCCGAGAGGGAGCACAUCCAGCGGCUGGUCGCAGGUCUCGCCUCCAAGGUCGCGGGCACCCCCAAAAAGAAGGCGGCCACGGUCCAGGCCAAGCUGACGGCCUCCGGCGGGGUGGUGUCCCCGCAGAAGGGAGUCGCCCCCGUGACCAACAGCAACCCCCGCAAGUUCUCCGGCUUUACAGCCAAGCCCGGCCCGGCGCCCGCCGGCCCGGCCGGCUCGGAUGCCCCCGGCCUGUCGGCCCAGCGCUGCGACGCCACCCACAAGGACUGCCUGCUGCGCGAGUUCCGCAAGCUGUGCGCCAUGGUGGCCGACAAGCCCAGCUACAACGCCAAGACGCAGAUCAUCCAGCAGUUCCUGCAGAAGGGGGCGGGCGGAGACGGAUUCCACGGCGACAUGUACCUGACGGUGAAGCUCUUACUGCCGGGCGUCAUCAAGAGCGUUUACAACCUGAACGACAAGCAGAUCGUGAAGCUGUUCAGCCGCAUUUUCCAGUGCAGCCAGGAGGACAUGCUGCGCGACCUGGAGCAGGGAGACGUCUCGGAGACGGUGCGCAUCUUCUUCGAGCAGAGCCGCGCCUUCCCGCCGGCGGCCAAGAGCCUCCUGACGCUGCAGGAGGUGGACGCGGGGCUGCAGCAGCUGUCCAGGCUGACCAAGGAGGAUGACCAGCAGACCCUGCUGAGGGACCUCGCCUCCAGGUGCACGGCCAACGACCUCAAAUGCAUCGUGCGGCUCAUCAAACACGACCUGAAGAUGAACUCGGGGGCGAAGCACGUGCUGGACGCCCUGGACCCCAACGCCUACGAGGCCUUCAAGGCGUCCCGCGACCUCCGCGACGUGGUGGAGCGCGUCCUGCACAACCAACAGGAGGCCGAGAAGGGGCCGGGCCUCCGGCGGACCCUCAGCGUGCAGGCCUCGCUCCUCACCCCCGUGCAGCCCAUGCUGGCCGAGGCUUGCAAGUCCAUCGAGUACGCCAUGAAGAAGUGCCCCAACGGCAUGUACUCGGAGAUCAAAUACGAUGGCGAGCGCGUCCAGGUGCACAAGAGCGGCGACCGCUUCAGCUACUUCAGCCGCAGCCUCAAGCCCGUCCUCCCUCACAAGGUGGCCCACUUCAAGGACUACAUCCCCCAGGCCUUCCCCGGGGGCCAAAGCAUGAUCCUCGAUGCCGAAGUCCUGCUCAUCGACACCAACACGGGCAAGCCCCUGCCCUUCGGCACCCUCGGGGUGCACAAGAAAGCCGCCUUCCAGGACGCCAAAGUGUGCCUGUUUGUGUUUGACUGCAUCUACUUCAAUGACGUCAGCUUGAUGGACAGACCCCUGCGAGAGCGGCGGAGAUUCCUCCAAGACAACAUGGUGGAGAUCCCCAACCGCAUCCUCUUCUCGGAAAUGAAGCACGUCACGAGAGCGUCGGACCUGGCCGACAUGAUCAACAGAGUCAUCCGGGAGGGGCUGGAGGGGCUCGUGCUCAAGGACGUCAAGAGCACGUACGAGCCCGGAAAGCGGCACUGGCUGAAAGUGAAGAAGGACUAUCUGAACCAGGGCGCCAUGGCCGACACGGCCGACCUGGUGGUCCUCGGCGCCUUCUACGGCCAGGGCAAUAAAGGCGGCAUGAUGUCCAUCUUCCUCAUGGGCUGCUACGACCCCCAGGCCCAGCGAUGGUGCACGGUCACCAAGUGCGCCGGGGGCCACGACGACGCCACCCUCGCCCGCCUCCAGACGGAGCUGGACGUGGUCAAGAUCAGCAAGGACCCCGCUAAGAUCCCCGCCUGGCUGAAGAUCAACAAGAUCUACUACCCCGACUUCAUCGUUCCCGAUCCCAAGAAAGCACCCGUGUGGGAGAUCACCGGCGCCGAGUUCUCCAGGUCGGAAGCCCACACGGCCGACGGCAUCUCCAUCCGCUUCCCGCGCUGCACCCGCAUCCGCGACGACAAGGAUUGGGAGUCGGCCACCAACCUCCAGCAACUCAAGGAGCUGUACCAGCUCUCCAAGGAGAAGGCCGACUUCACCGUAACGGCCCCGGAGGACGGCGGCUCGGGCAGCGGCGGGGAGGGGGAUUCGGGACCCUCCCCGCCCCCCCGGGCCGCCGAGACGGCGGCUGGCGAGCCCCCCGUCCGGACCCAGAAAACUGCCAGGAGACCGGGCCCCGCCCGGAGCAGAGAGGGCGCCGCCGUGAAAUCCUCCGCCAAGGCGGCGCCGGAACCGCGAGGGGAGAAGCGAAAAGCCCCCGAGGACGAGGAAGGUGGGGUCGAGACGUUACUGGACAUCUUCACGGGGGUCCGGCUCUACUUGCCCCUGUCCACCCCGGACUUCGGACGGCUCCGGCGCUACUUCGUGGCCUACGACGGGGACCUGGUCCGGGAGGCGGACGCGGCGUCGGCCACGCACGCGGUGGGCGCCGGGGACGGGAGCCCCGGGGCCCGGCGCGUCUCUCCCGAGUGGAUCUGGGCCUGCGUCCGCCAGCGCAGGCUGGUGGCCCCCCGCUGAGGCCGGGGUCCCGUCCGGCUCUGACCGCCCCCGGGGGGGCCGGUGGUCUGCACCUCACCCCGGGGGAGGGGGCAGCGGGGUUGGGGAGGGACCCGUUCCCACCUGGAUGGGUUGGGAGUUUUUUUGAGACGGACGAGAGCCCGCUCCUGCCAUGAAUUGAAGCUGUUUUCUACAAGGACGGGGCUCUGUGGCCCACCCGGGGGCUCGUCCCAGGACAAAAUAAACUCCCCCUGAAGAAGC